GGGGCUGUGGACGCCAGGCAGGGCAAGGCCAUUGGCAUGAAGACCCCCACCGCACAGGAGGCUGAAGGACAACAAACCAGGGCAGCUGUGGGUCGGGCCACUGGGUCGGCAAACAUGACGAAGAAAAAAGCCUCCCAAAAGAAGCAGAGGGGUAGACCUUCGUCCCAGUCCCGCAGGAACAUCGUGGGCUGCAGAAUUUCGCAUGGAUGGAAGGAAGGUGAUGAGCCCAUCACCCAGUGGAAAGGAACCGUUCUGGAUCAGGUGCCUAUAAAUCCCUCUCUUUAUCUGGUCAAAUAUGAUGGAAUUGACUGUGUCUAUGGACUGGAACUUCACAGAGAUGAAAGAGUUUUGUCUCUUAAAAUUCUUUCCGACAGGGUGGCAUCAUCUCAAGUGAGUGAUGCAAAUCUUGCAAACACCAUAAUUGGUAAAGCUGUGGAACAUAUGUUUGAGGGUGAGCAUGGUUCUAAGGAUGAAUGGAGGGGAAUGGUCUUAGCCCAAGCACCUAUCAUGAAAGCCUGGUUUUAUAUUACCUAUGAGAAAGAUCCUGUCUUGUACAUGUACCAGCUUCUAGAUGAUUAUAAAGAAGGAGACCUCCGUAUCAUGCCAGAGUCCAGUGAGUCUCCCCCAGCAGAGAGGGAGCCAGGAGGAGUUGUAGAUGGCCUGAUAGGUAAACAUGUGGAAUAUACCAAAGAAGAUGGCUCCAAACGGAUUGGCAUGGUCAUUCACCAAGUGGAAGCCAAACCCUCUGUGUAUUUCAUCAAGUUUGAUGAUGAUUUCCAUAUCUAUGUCUAUGAUUUGGUGAAAAAGUCCUAACUGUUAGGGUAAACUUUGCCACAUUUGUGAAAACAAAUGUAUACUUUGUAGACAUGCAAAAUAAUGUUGCUUUUCAGUGUAUUGAAAGCUUAAGGGUCCCUGUUAAUUCAACAUCUCUGCCAGCAUAACUGUUGUUUUGUUCUGAAAAAUACAAAUUUAUGUGGACAUGACAUGCUG